GUGCUUCUCGUGUCAGGCGAGGUGCUUCCGCCGAAGGAAAAUGGCGGCGGACACAACAACGGAGCUUCUGUUUUUAGACACUUUCAAGCACCAGAGCACAGAGCAAAGUAGUAAUGUAGAUGUGGUUCGCUUUCCAUGUGUGGUUUACAUCAAUGAAGUACGUGUCAUCCCUCCAGGAGUAAGAGCUCAUUCUAACUUACCUGAAAACAGAGCUUAUGGUGAAACAUCUCCUCACACAUUUCAGUUAGACCUGUUUUUCAACAAUGUCAGCAAACCAAGUGCCCCUGUAUUUGACAGGCUAGGAAGCCUGGAGUAUGAUGAGAACUCUUCAAUAAUUUUCAGACCUAAUGCCAAGGUCAACACUGACGGAUUAGUUCUGAGAGGCUGGUACAACUGCUUGACACUUGCAAUAUAUGGCUCUGUUGACAGAGUAAUAAGCCAUGAUAGGGACUCUCCCCCUCCGCCGCCUCCGCCACCACCCCCUCCUCAGCAACAAGCAGCUUUGAAAAGAACUCCGAAACCUGCUGAUGGAGAGAAAGAGGAUCAGUUUAAUGGCAGUCCUCCACGACCACAGCCUAGAGGCCCAAGAACUCCACCAGGCCCACCUCCUCCUGAUGAUGAUGAAGAUGAGCCAAUGCCUGUAUCAGUGGUUGGGGAGAAAGAUGACGAUGUUGAUCACAGAGAGGAUUACUUUGAGCCCAUUUCUCCUGAUCGGACAUCCGUUCACCAGGAGGGUCCAUAUUCUGAUGAAGCAGAAGUGGAAGAAGACCAGCCCGAAGAAGUGGAUGAUGAAGAGGGGGUGGAUGUUGAGGAGGAGGAGGAAGAUGAAGAGGAUGACGAUGGUCAGACAGUAGAGAGUAUUCCAGAAGAUGAAGAAGAGGAUGAAGAGGAGGAGGAGGAGGAUGAUGAAGAAGAAGAGGAUGUUGAAGAAGAGGAGGAGGGUGAAGGGGAUGAUGGUUAUGAGCAGAUUUCAAGUGAUGAAGAUGGAAUUGCUGACUUGGAACGUGAGACGUUUAAGUACCCGAGCUUUGACAUUGAGUACACUGCUGAGGAUCUAGCCAGAGUGCCACCUGUGACCUAUGAUCCUUUUGAUAGGGAACUUGGGCCUCUUCUGUACUUUAGCUGUCCCUACAAGACCACUUUUGAAACCGAAGUUGCUAAGAUGAAAGAUCAAGAUCCAGACAAGGAAAAUUCAGGGGCAGUUGAGACCUCUACUAAAUUGACCGAACUCCUAGAAUUAUAUCAGGAGGAGAGGGGUGCAAAGUGGGUCACUGCUCUGGAAGAAAUUCCAAGUUUAAUAGUCAAAGGGCUAAGCUACUUGCAGUUAAAGGACCCGAAUCAGGAUUAUAUAAGCCAGUUGGUUGACUGGACAAUGCAGUCAUUAAACCUACAGGUAGCCUUGAGACAGCCGAUUGCUUUGAAUGUCCGUCAGCUUAAAGCUGGGACAAAACUUGUCUCCUCGCUGGCAGAAUGUGGAACUCGGGGGAUAACAGGCCUGUUGCAAGCAGGAGUAAUUAAUUCUCUAUUUGAACUGCUGUUUGCGGAUCAUGUCUCUUCUUCUCUUAAACUCAAUGCUUUCAAAGCUUUGGAUAGCGUUGUUAGCAUGACUGAAGGAAUGGAGGCAUUUUUGAGGAGCGGCUCAGAGGUGCAUGAAAAAAGUGGUUACCAGAGACUACUGGAGCUCAUCCUGCUGGAUCAGACAGUAAGGGUCGUCACUGCCUGCUCUGCAAUUCUACAGAAAUGCCACUUCUAUGAGGUUUUGUCCGAGGUCAAAAAGUUUGCUGACCAGUUAGCGGAAUAUCCUCCAUCUCUUCCUAAUCACACUGAGCCUGAGCAGGAUACGGACACUGGACUUGAAAGGGGUAACCAGGAAUAUGAAAAUGAUGUGGACACUCCAAUGGAUAUGGACAGUCUUUUAGAGUCCUCCAGUAUGAGUGAAGGAGAAGUGGAGAAACUCAUUAACCUUUUGGAUGAGAUCUUGCAUUUGAUGGAGACUGCCCCUCACACUAUGAUCCAGCCACCGGUGAAAUCUUUCCCAACAACAGCACGUAUUACAGGGCCACCAGAAAGGGACGACCCUUUCCCAGUGCUCUUUAGGUACCUUCAUAACCACAAUUUCUUGGAAUCUGUCACGUUGCUGUUAUCCAAUCCAAUAACGAAUGUGCACCCUGGGGUGCUGCAGUCCACCAGGGACAUACUGAGGUUUUUGGCACAGUCCCAGAAGGGCCUUCUUUUCUUCCUCUCUGAGUAUGAAGCCACAAACCUGCUGGUUCGAGCCUUUUGCCAUUUCUCUGACCCUGAUCAAGAGGAAGGUCUCCAGACUGAUGGGGCAAGCGAUGAAGCCUUUCCCCCAUGGCUUCUUCAUUCAACACAGACGCUGCAGUGCAUUUCAGAACUAUUCUGCCAUUUCCAGCGCUGCACAGCCACUGAUGAAACUGACCAUUCAGAUCUCCUGGGAACGCUUCAUAACCUUUACCUGAUCACUUUUAACCCUGUGGGAAGAGCUGCUGUUGCCCAUGUCUUCAGCCUUGAGAAGAAUCUCCAGAGUCUUAUUACUUUAAUGGAGUUCUAUUCCAAAGAAGCAUUAGGAAAAAUCUGUUUCAGUGAUUCCAAGUCAAAGAAGUCAGUUGCCUAUAAUUAUGCUUGCAUCCUUAUUCUGCUGGUGGUUCAGUCCUCCAGUGAUGUCCAAAUGCUUGAGCAGUAUUCGGCACCCCUGUUGAAGCUUUGCAAAGCUGAUGAAAAUAACACCAAACUACAAGAACUUGGCAAAUGGCUGGAACCCUUGAAAACACUUCGGUUCGAAAUUAAUUGCAUCCCAAAUCUCAUUGAAUACAUUAAGCAGAAUAUUGAUAGCUUGAUGACCCAGGAAGGAGUCGGUCUUCCUACUGCACUUCGUGUCCUGUGCCAUAUUGCAUGCCCUCCACCACCUGUUGAAGGUCAGCAGAAGGACCUGAAAUGGAACCUUGCAGUCAUACAGAUGUUCUCUUCUGAAGGAAUGGACACUUUUAUUCGUGUUCUGCAAAAGCUCAACAGCAUCCUUAUUCAGCCCUGGAGACUCCAUGUCAACAUGGGGACUACCCUCCACAGAGUCACUACGAUUUCCAUGGCCCGGUGCACCCUCACCCUCUUGAAGACCAUGUUGACCGAACUGCUGCGUGGAGGGUCCUUUGAGUUCAAAGAUAUGCGUAUUCCUUCCGCACUUAUUUCUUUACACAUGCUCCUGUGUUCUAUUCCCCUCUCGGGACGUUUAGACAGCGAUGAACAAAAAAUCCAGAAUGACAUUGUCGACAUUUUGUUGACUUUUACCCAGGGGGUGAAUGAGAAGCUAACCAUCUCGGAGGAAACUCUGGCCAAUAACACUUGGUCACUCAUGCUAAAAGAGGUCCUCACUUCUGUUCUGAGAAUUCCUGAAGGGUUUUUCUCUGGUCUUAUACUGCUUUCUGAGUUGCUGCCUCUGCCGCUUCCCAUGCAAACCACUCAGGUCAUUGAACCACAUGACAUAUCGGUGGCUCUCAACACUAGGAAACUGUGGAGCAUGCAUCUUCACGUUCAAGCGAAAUUGCUGCAAGAAAUAGUACGGUCCUUCUCUGGCUCCACCUGCCUGCCUAUUCAGCACAUGCUGAGGCGCAUUUGUGUUCAGUUGUGUGACUUGGCUUCGCCAACUGCUCUCCUUAUUAUGAGGACUGUUUUGGAUCUGCUUGUAGAAGAUUUGCAAAGCAACCCAGAAGACAAAGAGAAGCAAUACACUGGCCAGACUACCCGCUUGCUUGCGUUACUCGAUGCCCUGGCUUCACACAAAGCUUGUAAACUGGCUAUUUUGCACUUGAUUAAUGGAACUGUGAAAGGGGAUGAGAAGUAUGCUGAAGUUUUCCCAGAGCUUUUGUCUUUAAUGCGAGCUGCAGGGGACAACAUUAUUCACCAGCAGUGUGCUGAGUUCUUGGCUUCUAUUUUGCAGUCUCUCUGCGAUCAGGACAUUGCAUUGGUCUUGCCCAGUUCCACGGAGAGCACUCUCUCUGAAUUGGAGCAGCUUUCAAAUUCGUUGCCAAGCAAGGAACUCAUGGCUUCCAUCUGUGACUGCCUGAUGGAGACAUUUUCUAAUGCUGAAAGCAGCUAUAACUGUUUGCUGACUUGUAUCAGGACAAUGAUGUUCCUUACUGAGCAUGAUUAUGGAUUCUAUCACCUGAAGAGCUCUCUAAGAAAACACUGUGGGGCUCUGCACACUGGAUUGAAGCGAGUAGUGAGCAGCUUUAAUAAGGACCCUGGAGAACUUGCGUCUUCAUUUCUGGAUUUCCUGAGGCAGAUACUGAAUUCUGAUACACUGGGAUGUUGUGGGGAUGACGGAAGUCUUGCAGAAGUUGAUGGAGCCCAUCCUGCCAGAACUUUGGGUCUUACUACUGCAGAAUUAAAAUACCAAUUACAAAACAAAGAAGAAACUCCUGAAAAUCUGCUCCUCGAGCUGGAAAAGCUAGUUUUGGAGCGCUCAAAAGAAGAUGACAGUCUGGAAUCUUUAUUGGACAACGUUGUUGGACUUCGGCAGAUGCUGGAAUCUGCUGGUGAUCCUUGUCCACUGAGUGAUCAAGAUGUAGAGCCAAUCCUUCCUGUACCAGAAUCUCUCCAGCAUCUUUUUAAUAAUAGGACUGCAUACAUCUUGGCAGAUGUCAUGGAUGACCAGCUGAAAUCUAUGUGGUUCUCGCCAUUCCAGGCUGAAGAAAUUGAAACUGACCCUGACAUGGUAAAGGUUGACUUAAUUGAACUGUCAGAAAAAGGAUGCAGUGACUUCGACCUGCAGGCGGAGCUGGAGAGGUCGUUUUUGACAGAGCCUACUUCUCCGGGUCGGACAAAAACCACAAAAGGCUUUAAACUUGGCAAACACAAGCACGAGACGUUUAUAACUUCCAGUGGGAAGUCUGAAUACAUCGAACCUGCCAAGAGGGCCCAUAUUGUGCCUCCUCCGAGAGGAAGAGGCAGGGGAGCAUUUGGCCAAGGCAUUCGGCCCCACGAUAUCUUCCGUCAGAGGAAGCAGAACACAAGCAGGCCGCCCUCUAUGCACGUUGAUGACUUUGUGGCUGCCGAGAGCAAGGAAGUGGUUCCACCAGAUGGGAUACAGCCUCCCAAGAGACUGCCUAAAGUUUCACAGAAGAUUUCUUCACGGGGCGGGUUCUCAGGGAAUCGAGGAGGGCGAGGAGCCUUUCACAGUCCAAACAGAUUCUUCACGCCACCUGCUUCGAAAGGAAAUUACAGUCGCCGUGAAGGAGCUAGAGGAUCAAGCUGGAGUGCACAGAGUUCUCCGCGAGGCACCUACAAUGAAAGCAGAGGCGGCCAAAGCAACUUCAACAGGGGCCCACUUCCACCUCUAAGGCCGUUAAGUUCAGCAGGCUACCGGCCAAGUCCUCGUGAUCGUGCUUCCAGAGGCCGUGGUGGAAUUGGGCCAUCUUGGGCAAGCACAAAUAGCGGCAGUAGCGGUGGCUCAAGAGGAAAGUUUGUUGGCGGAGGCAGCGGAAGAGGCCGUCACGUCCGCUCUUUUACUCGAUAAACACACCAUUGAGAACAUUCUGACUGUGAACCUUUCAACAUGAUGGCAAAUUGCUUAAGUGCUUGAGGACCAACGCUAGACUUACUGGUAUCAGGGGGGCAGAAAAGAGACUUUUUUUUUUGGUUUGGAAAAAAAUCCCAUUUUGUUUGAUACAAGAUCGGAGGUUUCAAUAAAACUGUUUUUUUGUGUUA